AUGCUUCCGUGGCAACGACAACUCCAAACAUCUAUCUUCCCCCAAACCAACGAUCAAAUUUUCCGAAUGAUGAUGACCCAACAGCAUAUGCACUUCCAGAAUUUCCUCAAUCAACGGAAGAUGGCAAUGAUGACAAUGAAUCCAGCACUCCCAAUAAUGGCAGAGAUGAAGAAGUCGAAAUUCGAUUUCACUCAUAUGGCAGAUUCCAUAGAAUCCGAGCAAAAAAUCAAGGAGGAGAGCCUGUCUCCAAAAGCAUCUCCAACUUUAAGCAACCCACCGAUUCGGCCGUUUGCUCCGUACGAUCAACCAUGGUUCAUGAUUCCUGGCCGUGGAAGAGCAACUGGAAGAGCAGCUCGACCAAAGAAGGAAUUCAUUUGCUCGUACUGUCAGCGACAUUUCACAAAGUCUUACAAUCUUCUGAUCCACGAAAGAACCCAUACUGAUGAGCGACCAUAUUCCUGCGAUGUCUGUGGAAAGGCUUUCCGUCGUCAGGACCAUCUUCGUGAUCACAAGUACAUUCAUCAGAAGGAAAAACCAUUCAAAUGUGAGCUUUGUGGGAAAGGAUUCUGUCAAUCGAGAACACUUCUCGUUCACCGUGCAACCCAUGACUCUGGACGUCACAAUAUUGCAGCAGCCCCGAUUAUGCCGAUGGUUGGAAGAGUAGCUACACUGCCUGAUGUCACACUGAUCCUUCAAAACCUUACGGAUAGCUUUAGCUCAACACCAAUGACCUCCCCACAGGUUUCACCAACCAGAGAUGAUCUUGAUACCUCUUCUGAUUAG